ACAUUUUCUGGAAUACUCCGAGGAAAGCGACCGAACUAUCAAUCUAGGUUGAGGAAAUUUCACAGAGGUGAAAGGCUAACUGCUGCGGUUCACUUUUAACAGAGGCUGAUCAUCUGCAGGUUUUUAUUUCGGAUACUUCAAGGCCGGGAGCGGUGGCAUGGGACUAAUUUCACCUCCCUAGCCGGUGGUAACGGCGCACGUGCCCAACGGCCCCCAGUCCCGGCGGCGGGAGAAAUCCGGGACGGGAUCAGGGAUUGGUGGGAUCACAGUGACGUAACAGGGCGCGUUCACUGGGAAGUCGCGGUCCGGAGACGUUGGGGGAGACACUUGCUGCCGCCUCGAUCGAUUAGGCGGGCCCGCGCCUCGGAGCGGCAGCGCGCUUGGCCUUGUGAGCGAGCAAGGGAGAGCAGAGCAGAGGGAAGCAUCGGGGUCGAAGCAGAGAGGGAAGAGUAAUUAUGGAAAGUGCUGAUGUGCGGCGGCGGCGGCGGCCGUGGCUCUCUCCCCUCUUUACGAGCUCCCGAGCUCCGGCGCGGUGCAGACUGCUCGGGAACUGCAGCCCCCUGCUCGUGGCUUCGCUUCUGUUAUGGCUCCAAGCUCCUGGCAGCACAUCUGGUUCUUCAAAUAAUACAAAGGCCAGAGCUGUACUGUCUCCAGAUGAAUACUUCUCCAGCCACUUAUUACUGUCGAGCACUGUGCAUGAACAGAGUUUGGGACUGAAUGACACAUUGGAUGCUUCAAUAAUAAAAAAGCAGGACAAAACUGUAAACGCAAGUUCCAUGCAGUCAACUUUGCAGUCCAGUUUGAAGCUGGAAGAAGAAAUUCACCUGAACUUUGAAGAGACCACAACACAAGUAAAAGAUAUCAGCUGGUCAGGAAAAUUUGUGCUCUCUGAUGACUUAGAAUCCUCAGCUGCUUAUAACAGCCUGGACAUGGUCCCUUUAUCACAAUCUUUCACCACAGUCAUUACUAAAGAAUUCCAGCCAACAAUGCCACUGCCUUCGAUCACAGCAGUAUCAUCAGUAUCUUCUAGUUUUUUGAGAAAUAAAGCCACCAGUCAGUUGUCAGAUCUCUUCAUCUCAUCAACUUUUUUCUCCAGUUCCAAUUUGGUUCAUUCGGUAUCCUUUCUAGCUAAGUCUGCUAUGCCGAUUCUGCCACCAAGUGAACAAUCAUCUCAAGUUGUAAGUUCAUUCUUUUCUUCAUUUUUGGUCAGUAACCAUGGUACAUGGCAAUCCACCGUCAUUACGACACCAACAAAUUGGAACAGCUUGGAUUUUUUGGAGGAGUACAGUGAAACAGCUUUGCUUAAUUACAUUGAUGUGGCAUCCAAUAGAACAAAGAGCCCUGUUAACUAUACAGAAGGAGAAAAUGAGCUAUUUCCAAUUUCAAAUGGCAUUGCAUUACUAAAUAGCACAGGAAAGUUUGAAAUCAUUGGAGAAUCUACCAUUGAUCAAGUUGAAACUUUUCAUAUUGCUUUAACACCAGAACUUGUUUCUACAAGUUCAACGUCUGCCUUGCCUCCCUUGGAAACAUCUGAUGCUGCUUCAUCUGAAAAGAAUUCAAUAAACUAUGGAGUGAUGUUAACUGAAUUUAAUAGGUCGAUGCUUUCCAUUCAUUCGUUUUCAUCACCUUCUACUCAUGGAGCUAUAUCUUCUUCACAUGGCUUGUCUCAGACACAGUUGUUUGAUAAUGAUUUUGGAUCUGGUGAUAACCCGGAAAUGACAACACUCAGUAUAUCAAAGACUGCUGAGUUUGUUCCAAACUCCAACUUGAUUUUUGAUUCAUUUGAUCCAGAUUUACUAGAAUCCCAAGUCUACAACACCUAUUUUCUAACAAGAGCGGUUCCAACUGUUUCAACAAAAUUCACAGCUUGGCCUGUGCCUUUGUUGAUUUCCUCAUCUUUGAACACCAUCAAUCCUCCAACAACCCAUUCUUUAAAUCAGAAAUUGUUUUCAUCAAUUGAGGAUAAUUUAGUUAUUAGUUCAGUUACUCCCUCUGUGUUGAUAAGUGAAACCCCAGUAUUGGUACCUACAGUCAAUGAAAAUUUUUCAUUCAUUGUAGCUGAUAUGAAUCUAAAACCAACAGUAUCACUGAAGGCAAAUAUAAGUUAUCCUCCACAAGUUACAAGUUAUUUAACAAAUUUCAUAGCAACUGAUUCCCUUAAACCAACUAGUGGGUUAGACUCUUCAAUGGACUUUGUUUCAUCUUUGAGAAGUGUUUUGUCGAUGGAAUCGGGUUCUGUUUUGUCGACUGAAUACUCAAGCUUAUUUGAACAACAGAUAGAAACUCCAACAAUGUUUGAGACAGUAUCUCCUGGAACAUUAUUUAGUAUUUUAACACAGGAGUCCACAUUGAUAGAACCAGAGCCUACAGCAUCUGAUUUGUUGGUAGAAAACAGUAAUAGUACAAAUCUUGUCAUAAUUCUUGAAUCUUCAUUUAGCAAAUCUUAUUCCAGUAGUACUUUUGAAAGGACCUCUUUCUUUGAGGCAUCAUCACUUUCAGUUGAUGAAGUACAACCCACAUUAAUACCAUCUACUUAUGAGUCAAUUUUUACUGCCAAUAGCACUACAAUAGCUGAUCACACUACUGAAAGUUUGGAGCACUCUUUGCCAAAUGUCACGCUAGUCAGUUCCAGUUUGAUGUCUUCUACAAUUGCUACCACAGCAGAUCCUUUAAUUAUUCUGAACUCUACUGUUGAAAUGCCAUUUUCUUAUUUUCCAACUUCAACCGCACAUGUCUUUCCAGAUGUUCUCCCAUCAACUACAGAGACAAGUUGGAUUUCUGCUUCUCUCCUGUUGACUCCGCCUCCCCCAUCAACUGGAAACUCUUCAAAUCCUAACCCUGUGGAAACUUUGCCUGCAACAACCAUUGCAAUCCCAGUCCACAAUCUCACAGCUACCCCAAACAGUGAUAUCACAACUGCGGUAAGCAGCAACACAGGUUCAAAACCACCCUUCCCCAUGACAACCCAAACUACAGUUUCUGCAACAACCAAGAAUUUUGUGUGUGACGUUAAUGAACUCGAUUCCUAUCUUGUAAGAGCAGUGCUCUCUGACAAAGUGACAUCACUUCAGGAUGUGCUUACACCAUUAAAGGAUGUACUGAGCCAGCUUUUCAAACGGGAUGUGGAACUUCAGGUUUUUCAACCGAAUCAAGAGUUCAUGUUCAUGGUGACGGCAGGCCCCGUUGUUUUCUCUGCUCCAGCUGUGCUCAAUGCUCUGUCUCAAAGCACACUUGUUAGUGGCACUUCUCCACUUAUCCUGUCUCUCCAGCCAGCUCUGACAUCACCAGACCACCAGGCGCAGGUUCAAAUCGUUCUUCAGUUUGUCCCUCGUUACGUUGAUGUGAGAUUCUGCAACUUCACUCAGAGAAUUGAGAGGGGACUGACAAUGGCAUUUGCAGAAGUGCGCCGAAGGCAACAUGAAACUGAAGGCUUUGUCAUUCAGAUAAUAAAUGUUACACAUACAGUGCAGAAUUUCGGAGGAUUGCGGCAAAGCCCCGUUAAUAUAACCUUCGCUAUUAACAGUCAGCGGGGAUUCCUGAAUGGCUCAGAUGUCAGCGACUUGCUGAGGAUACUGAAUCUGGUAGAAUUUAGUUUUUACCUUGGAUUUCCUGUCUUUAAGACAGCUGAACCUAUCUAUUACCCUGAACUUAACCGAUCAUACUUACUGAUGGCUUCUUGGAUAAAGACAGUACUUCUGGGUGUGCAUGACAACCAUAUACAGGACAAGACCUUUCAAGCUGAACUUGAGCGAAAGCUAGCCCAACUGAUCUGCGAAGCAACUGGGUCAGCAAGGCGUUGGAAGCGAGCAAGCACCUUGGGGAAUAAUACUGUUCAGGUUGUGAAUAUCACUAAGAUUAUUGGUGAUGGGAGUCCAGCUGAACUCAUAUACUUUGUGGAGAAGCAGAAUGGGGAGCGCCUCAAUGCAAAUGAAGCAGCCAACCUCAUCAACAAAGUAGAUAUACAGAGAGCAGCAAUUGUUCUAGGCUAUCAAAUACAAGGUGCAUUGGCACAACCGGUAGAGAGAGUUCCGACCUCAUCUCCAACCGAUGAAAAUAGAAGUAUGUGGAUCAUUGUGGCUGUGCUUGUACCAGUGAUUGUGGUCAUCAUCAUCAUCAUGAUUCUGUACUGGAAGUUCUGUCGAACAGACAAACUGGAAUUUCAGCCGGACACCAUGAGUAACAUUCAGCAACGACAAAAACUUCAAGUGCCAAGUGUUAAAGGUUUUGACUUUGCCAAGCAGCAUAUUGGUCAACAUGGUAAAGAUGACAUUUUGGUCAUCCAUGAAGGUUUGCCACCUGUCUCAGCAAAGGACAACUCACCAUCUGAGAACGGUGAUGUGUCCAGUCCUCAGCCGAAGACAGCCAAACUGUCCAAAGGGCUUCGACAGAGAAGUCGUGUUUCACCUUCUGAAGCUGAAUCCACUGCCAGUGAACAGUCCAGUGACAGAGAAUCUGUCGAGGAUAUUCCAAGAGCUCCUGCAAUUCCUAGUGGCAAUAAACACAUGACAAUCAGAAAUGAGGCUCAUCAGACUGACAAGCCUGAUGAGCAGCCUUCCUCCGCUUCCAUUUUUGAUCAUGUUGAUCGGAUGUCACGCCCAUCAGAAACAGGCAAAUGGCUACCAAACAAAAUUCAGCUGAUCGCCAUGCAACCAAUUCCAGCCCCUCCUUUACAGAAUCCAUUACUUCCUGAGCGAGUGGCUGAAACAAACAAAAUCAAUAAAGAGGUUCAGAGAGCUUUGAGACAGAAAUCUGAAAUUGAACAUCAUCGCAAUAAGAUCAGACUCCGGGCUAAAAGGAAAGGACACUAUGACUUCCCCAUCAUGGAUGAAGUUGGUACCAUUGAAGCAAAGGAGCGACGCCGAGUCUACCGCAGGGCUCAAGUUCAUAUUGACAGGAUCCUUGAUCCCAGUGCAGAUGUCCCUGUGGAACUGAGGAAAAGCUAUCGUGGGAAAAGAUCUCCACGCCAGAGGCGGAGACAUCAGGUGAACGGCAGCAUGACAGAUGCAGAAAAGGACAGGCUGAUAACCACGGAUAGUGAUGGGACCUACAAGAAGCCACCUGGAGUGAACAAUGCAGCCUAUGUUUCGGACCCUGACCUGCCUCCGGAGCCUAGACCUCACUCUCCAUCUCAUACUCAUCCUCCCCCUCCUGCCCCCCCACCAUAUCUCCCACCACAGCCAUCCAUUGAAGAGGCAAGGCAGCAGAUGUACUCUCUGCUGGAUGAUGCAUUUGCUUUGGCAGCUCCAGGUAGUCCUGGAAAAGUCUUAUCAGCAGUCAGCCAUGGUCAGCCAACCACCAGCACUCCUAUCAGGGGAACCAAAGUUUCAGCUAACAACCACUGGACUCCAGUGUAUGAACAACCCCAGAGUCUCAGCAAUCCAUAUGUAACGAGGUAUGAAGAUACAGGGUCAAAUCAGCCUUCUGCAGCAAGCCACCUGCACAGUUCUGGAUAUAUGCGGCCAGGAGAAGAGAUGAGGCAAGAGCAGUCCCAGCAGGAAAUCCUAUACUCAAACAGACCCAUGUAUGCUGAUGAAUUUCAAACAAGACCUCCAGGAAACAAUCCUGGAGUUCAUGUUUAUCCACUGUCUCAAAGUCGUGUAGAUGGUAAAGUGACAGCACAGCCAGGACAGAUGCGUGGUGGAAGACCUGGGCCUCAAGGAGUUGUGGGCUGGACACCAUAUGGUAAUGAAGAUGGAUUGGUGCAUCAAGCUCACAGCAGAGAACAACCAAGUACUCGAGCGCACCUGGAAUAUGUGUCACCACUCUAUCCAAUGCAGAGAACGUCCCUCCGUGACCCUUCAGCACCAUCUUUGCACUUGCAGCACUGCAACGCUCAAGAACCCAGUGAAGGCUUUCGCUCCAGUUGCACAGAAGAACUUGUAUCUGGCCAAUCCUCCACAUCCCUUAUCAAAGCCAUUCGUGAAGAGCUUCUCAGACUUUCACAGAAACAGUCAGCAUUUCAGAACAUGCACAGCUGAUCUUGGGGAAGAGCGUCCCUGAGUUAUUUGCUUCCUAUGGAAGCCAACUGGAAAAAUCUACAAUUCUAUCUCUGAAGAAGAGUUACUUGUUGGUGAAUAGAACCACUGAUGUGUUAAGAUGUUCAGCACAACUAGAUUCUCUUUUAACAUCAUGCUUCCAAACAAAGGUGGCGCCACCUUCAGGUUACAGCCUGUGAGCUGUACCUUUCCAUUCUGUUGAAAUUAAUGGUUAUUUUCAUAGUUGUAGAUGGGGGUGGAAGUUAUCCAACUAGUUGCUGUAAAAACUUUAAAUUUCAUUCAGCAGGCAGGAAAAAACAUCAGCAAGCAAAAGAAGAAACUCCCUAUCUACCUUGGGUGUUCUCUAACUUGGUUACAUCCCAGUAUCACUACCCCUCCCCCAACUAAGCACGCGAAUUCUGUCUGAAUUUUGACAUAAGAGCCUCUAGGAAUAGAACAGAUUGGGAGGAAGAAAAGGCAAAUGAGAGAGGGCCACAUUGAACAUUGCAAUUUAUGAUGGUAGUAAAACUUGAGAAAGAAAAAGUUUCAAAGGAAGGAAGUAGUACUGUGAACAGUUGGCCUCGGAUAGCUUUUUCAUAGCAAACGAUCGGGGUUAGAUUUGAAACAAUUAGGUUAAUGAGGCUUUGAUAGAUUACCUAAUUGCUUUUUAAAAUGAAACUUGAGAAGUUGUAAUUUGGACGGAUUUUAAUAAAUUAUCAGGACAUGGGCAAUAAUCAGAAAGUAUUGAACAUGACCCGAAGUAGGAAAUCCAAGGCAGGCAGUAUUGUGAACCUUUUAAAUGUUAUCGAAAAUUUUUCUUCUUUGAUGGAAAGAUAUUUGGUUCACGUGCAUUAUUAACAGAAUAAGCAAGAAAUUAUAUUGUGUAGUGAGCAGAAAAUGACGGAGGAAUUUUUACCCUUUCUGGAGAAGAGAAUUGGAUAUAGUGGUUGAACUUCAUCGUACAAUUCUCCUGAGAUGGCACAAAUGCAUUCAUCUUCUACCAAAUCAGCACUUGAUUCCAUUUUUAUAUCACUUCAAGAAAAGACUAAAUGCAGAAUCAUCGCAGAUGCCUGUGACUGAUGUAUGGCACCACUUGUCUUACUUGCUUUUGUCUAUGACCACUACAGCAUAGUAGAGUAAGAUGCAAUACAUUUCCUCUUUGAAUUGGAUGAGUUAAAGGCAAUGCUCUGGGGAUUCCAGAAAUCUUCAAUUAAUUAUUUUCACUGGCAUUCCUUGCAAGUUAUAACUGACUUAUUGAGAUUAACCAUGACCAGGAUAACUGGUCUGCUAUGACUGAAAAAAUCAGCUUUGUCCUUUCCAAAGCGGGUUCCAAGACAUUUGUCAGUAUUUUGAAGGUCAGGUUCUGUGAUUCAUUCCAUUUUCACAUGGCCUUGAUUUUAAAAUGUAUAGGUGCUACAGGCCAGAGUAUUGUGAUUUUUAUUCUUUCAGCCAGUGUUUUGGUGCAUUCUGCUCAUUUGUGGCCUUUAUAAUACACAAUCUCAAUGGUGCAGUAUAUGUACGGACUUUCAGCAAAUGAAAUAGUAAUAGUGCAAAUCAACUGGAUGAAUUAAAGAAAAUUAAUAGUAGGCUUUCCAAAUUACCAUCAGUGUUAUCCUUCUCCCCGUUGCUUUUAUUGAGUGAAGACUCUUGUGUAACCAGCAAUUAAUUUAGCGUCUAUUGCAACAGUAAUCUGAGCUUUGUGAUUACCUAGAUAAUAUACACAAAGCAACUGUGAGCAGGCAGAAAAAGCUUUUCUGUUUGCUCAGAGAAUACCCUUAAUACUCCCAUUUCUCUUGUAUGCUUUUUGUUUUGGAAAUAAGGUGUGAGACUUGUUUGUGUUCUUGUUUUUAUUUUUAUCAGAAGUGUUGGCAGGCCCAACAAAUGUUUUGAUUUGAGGUUUUCUAGUUGUAUUUAUUUUGCAUGUUCUACUGAUUGCUCUCCUGAAAUGAAAUGUGUACCUUGCAAUGUUUUCAUCCUGCAUGUCUCAUACCAGUGUUAAUGCAAUGGCAAUAUUUUACCUUGAUUAUACUCUGCAAAGCAAUAGUACUGUGUCCUUGCACAAUCAGAAUUCAGAAUUUAUUCAGCAUCAGAUUUAUUAUCGAUGACUUAGAUAACUAAGUUCACAAAGUAUUCUUAUUGGUUAAAGUUCCCAUUUUUUUAAGAAACUGCAUGAUAGAUCAUUAGAGAUCACGCACAGUAAAAUUGUCCCUGCAAGAGUGUAAUAGAAAGAAAUAUCAUAUGAUGUCUUACUAAGACUGGCUAGAAAGUCCAGAAUUUAAUGCUGUUCAGUGAACCAGUGAGUUUAAUUGAACCUUGUGCCUGAAUUACAGCAGUUCUGUCACUGUUUAAUAAAAUACGCAUGUUAAGUGGUGGAAGCGUCAGAAUCACCUGCAGUGCUUUCCAUAGUCCAGGACUAUGCUGAGGCAUUUUCAAGAAAAAUGUUGUGAGUGGUCUCGACUAGGAACAAUUUCCUUGACUGUCGAAACCUUCAGCGGAAGUGGAGAGAAUUGGUAAAAUAGGUAUUAGGGUAAUUUUAUUUUGUUGAAGGCCUCUCUUCAAAAUCAUGGUAGUUCCUCUGUAUAUUUCAACAACCAGUUGUUUCAUGGGCAGAUAUAAAUUAUAUACGGUAAUUUACAGUGUCUGUUUCCCCAUCUGACAAGUAUUUAACAUAUUAAAUUUGAGCUAUCUCCCCACUAUGAUUCCAAAGCUUUAUGAUGCUCUCAUGUGGUUAUAGAUCUCAAGAUUGCGGUAUCCCAAGUUGAGGACAGAAUAAUCUUUAAUGGUUUCAGCAGCAAAACGGUGCCUAUUGUCAAAAGCAAAUUAAUUUAUACUUGGAGCAAAGCAGGACAUCAUUCCUUUUUAAGAAUAGCACUCAUUAUGGUCAGAAAUUUUUAAUGAGAAAGCUAUGAGUGAUUUUAAUACAGACUUCAGAGAGUAAUAGAUCAUGUUAAAUACUACAGUGGCUUCUUGGCUUCUGUUGAUGAAUUAGCAAUCGAGUACCAGUGUGCAGUGAUGUUUCUUACUUUAGACCAGCAGUUCAUAUUUCCAGUUGUGAAACAGUAGAUCGCUGUUACUUUUUAUCCCAAUAAAAUGCAUUAUCCAAUCAGAUGAGGGGGAAAUCCCUUAAGGCUGUCCUUUUUCUUAAGCACUUUUCCACAUUCAAAAACAUUGCUUCCAACAGAUAUUUCAGCAUUUAAGAAGGUAGGGUACAUAAGUUGAGCAAAACAUAGGUAAUGGGUCUAUACCAACCUAGCUGAUUUCAGCUGUAGAAAUAUUAAUCUUUGCCCCUGAAGCAGAGAAACAUUCAGAUUCUUAUUUGUGAUCCACUGACAUCUGGUGGUAACCCAACAUAUCAGGACAUGAAGUAAGAAGCAAAUAGAAUUCAACUGUGAUUCUUUCUGUGGUGAUUAGCCUAAUGAGUGACUAGCAUGUUUGCUAGAGUGAAAUUCAUCUGGGACUAUUUCCUUUUACAAGUCACCGUGCAGAGAAGAAGGAAGACUCAAAACUGAGGGAGAAAUGACAAGCUGAUCAGAGUGAAUAUCACUUGUAGAUCCCCCAGUCAUUCCAUUGAUUUUAUUUCAAGGCACUCUGAUAUGAUUUCUAUUGUAAUUGGUAAAGUAAAUAUUCCCUCAUAAAAAUUCAAGUAAACCCAUCAGCAUACUGUAAUUUCAGAAUGUGUGGAUAUUAUGACUAGAAGGCAAAAUGCAAAAUUAAUAAACAUUGAUCACUUUUUCUUGUGGCUUACAUUAAAUUGAACUUUCUGACCCAAACAUCUAUUACCAAAAUAUUAAGUAAUUAAAUAAGUCAUUGGUACUUUCUCCGAUAUUCCUGCUCUCCUUUCAUUACUUGAAAUUUCCUAAUUAAAAUUCUUGAGUGUACAGAGCAACCUUUCCUCCAUUAAAAUAUUAUUGAGUGUAUUGAAAGAAAUUACCAAUUGUAAAACCACAGGAGCGGCCCAUGGUGCUUGCAAGAUCAUUCAAGGAGCUGUUAAGUCUCAAGCAUUCCUUCUGAUUUUAUGCGCUAAUUUUGUUGUUUAAGAAUUCAUUUUAGGGCCCUAUAACAACUUUUUUUUGAUAGUAGGUUUAUAUUUUAAAAUACACUUUUAGUUGGGAUUCAUGUUAUUAACUUUCUGAUCAGUGUUCUCCAAGCCUAGUGAAUCAGUUUGUAUAAUGGUUACUGAAUAAAAAUAGAGUUUUAACGUUG